AUGUUUGCGCAGCUUUUUGGUGCUGCAAAGAGAGCCAUUAGUCGGACCCCUUCGUACCAAGGAACCUCAAGCUGGACAAGAAAGGAAGUUCCUGAAGUCCCUACAAGCGACCCAGCACCCACAGACACCGUCACAAUGGUCACCACACGGCGCGGGACCGAGACGCCUGGUAUGGCAGCGACGCCGGCAAGCUCUGCGAAGAAGGCUGUUGGCAAGAGGGAGCUCGAGGCGCUAGGCACACCUACACGAGCGAAGAGGCAGAAGAAGACCACAGGUGGUGAGGCACCAAGCGCAGAAUCGACACAAGAGUCUGUCGAUGAAACUGCAUCCGACACAGCUGAGGCUACACCGAAGCCAGGAGGGGCGAGCCCGCUCGCGAUUCGCCGACGAUCGAGCCCCAAGGUUGUCGUCGAGCCGUCUUCGCCCGCCAAAGAGGAUGCGCCCAAACAAGAAAACGCCUUUCACACGCCAGAGCCGGCUUCCUCCGAGGCAGCCUUUGUAACGCCAUACACAAGCAAGAAGGCUCUCGAGGGCUCUCCAACCCCCAAGGCGACAAAGACCGCCUCUCCAGCGUCCGCGAAGAAAGCGCGCGGUCGUCCAAAGAAGGCACAGAAGGAUGAAAUCCCAGAGGAAAUUCCAUCCUCCAUACAGGAGAGCUCAAUCGCAUCACCCACCGUCGCCCCACCAAAAGCACACGUCCGCUUCGGCAGCGAAGAGCCCACCAUGAACGCCAAAGGCCACACACGCUACGAAGCACCUGCCCCAGCGCCCGUGCCCAGCGCCGCUGAAGACGAUGAAGACUCCGCCGACGACUCAGACGAAGCGCCAGAGAUGGUCAGCACAUCCGCCGCAGCCAGCAAAGCCGCCGCCGCCCAAGCAGACACAACCCGCGCGCUCGCCGCACAACAAGAAAAGGAGCGCAAGAAGCGCGAAGCCCGCGAACAGCGCAUCGCAGAAGAGCAAGCAGCGAAACGCGAGCGCGACGCCAUCAAGGCGCAAAAAGCAGCCGCCAAAGCAGCCAAAGCCGCCCGCCUAUCAUCCGUCGUCGAAGUCGAUGAAGAGGCUACUCCAAUGGACGUCGACCGCACAACUCUCCCCUCCCUGCUUCCCGACUCCCUGCUCGCCAACUUGGGCGAUGUGCGACCGCCCACGCCUCCGCCUGAGGCCCGGGGCAAGACAGACGAGGAGCUGAGGCGAGAGAAGUUGAACCACCACAUCAAGUUCUUGGAGCAGAGUAGUAAAGCACCCAAGGAUAAGAGGGUUGGGAAACACCAUGUUGCUGUGCUGAGGCAGCAGAAUCGCGUUCUGCCGCCGAAGGUGAGCAAGAACACGAAAGGGGUGAGGGAGGCGUGGUUGAAGGGCAGGCAGGGGCAACAGACGACGGGGAAGCCGAGAAUAGGGAAGACUCACAGGGCGAAAUUUGGUGGCGGUGGGUUCCUGAGGGGCCAAGAUUAG